CCACCAGACGAUUCCCUCUUCUUAUUUAUAUUUGUGCGUGGAAAUAGUUGUCACCUGUAUCUGCCAUAGACACAUUGAAACAUGAGGGGUAAAAUACUUAAUGGCCCUGUUAAGAUGUAAUCUUUUUUUAGGUUUUUAUACAAGCUUCAUGUGCUGUCUUCAUGUAAUGAAUUUGUAUACAGGGUUCACGGGCUGUCUGAUAUAUGAUGAAUGUGGAUUAGGGUCUGGAGGUGGUUGAUGUAUUUAAUGUCGCAUAGGCAUUUAUAGCCUAUUUUACAGUGGUUUCAUUCUGAACUGUUUUGGAGUUUCUCUUCUUCUUUUAAUGCAAUUUCUUUUAAAUGUAUUUUUGUAUUGGCUUUGAAAUGAUUUGGGGGACUAACCAUAGCAUUAUAGUGUAAAUGUAGGCCUCCAGCUUCUUCACAACGAAAUAUAUCACUUAUAACAUCUGCACCAUCAGCAAGUUCUUUUUGUGUUUGGUAGCCCUUUCGUGUUUUAUUUCCAGGUUUUAAAAUCAAAUUAAUUGUGGCCAGCUGGCUGGUAUAUUACGCGCUAUUAUAUUAUGCGAGGUGCGCAUUUAUUAUUAUGACUGGUGGGUAUUUGGCACAGAGGGCGCGUUAGUGCUGUGCGUGCGUUCGGGUACGGAACCGCACGGAGCUGUGAGUGAUGAUGGCAGGGAGCGCCAUUAACUGCAUACUUGUAAUUAAUUAAGUAUAGUUCUGGCCUUCGCGCAUGCGUGUCUUUGAGCGAACUUAUGUCUUUAGUUGAUGCUUGGUGAGCGGUUUGUCAUGGCACGGAGCAAUGGCGCACAUGACUUCAACAAGACGCUGAAUGGAACUGUGUAUAAUGAUGGCACUGAGCAUGUUUGCAAUGCAUUUAUCUCUUGCCUUAGGAAAUAUAGACGAUAUAUCUUGCAUUUUAGAUGCAUGUGAUGUAGAGAGUUCUGCCUUCUGUGUGAACAAAUACCACAAUUCAUUUAACAUUUUCGUUGGGAACUUACUGUUUACAAAUAGAUAUCAGUUGAAGAAGUAAUAUAAAUGUAAUGCCAUUUUAAAAUGUCACAUGAUAGCCCAUUAAGUACUUCUGCUUUGGAACUCCAAGUGUCGCUGUUCACCAUCAUAAAAUGAUUGGCAUCUCCACCCCUUCGUUGUCUACCCAAACCUGGUGUCUCACGGCUGCAUUUACGUGAUAGAGAAAGAAAGGACUCGUUCAAUACAAACCACAUACACUUUAGAAUUGUCUGUUGGUGCCAUCCACAUGUGGACCUACAUUUGUACUCAGCCUGGUCUCGAUUUUUGAGUAUCCACCGGUUCUGUUUGGACCCUACCAGAAAAUGGAUCACAAAGGAUUUGCGUUUGUUUUUGCACUAUUUUUCCUAGCAUCGAGCUCAUAUGGAGACGUCAGCUACUCUUUUCCGGAGGAGAUGAAAGCUGGAUUUGUAAUUGGAAAUAUAGCCAAGGAUCUAGGACUGGAUGCUAACCGGUUUUCUGCUCGUAAGGCGCGUAUUGACACCGAAGGUAAAGGACGUCAUUGCGACAUAAAUAUGAGAACUGGAGACUUGACUGUGAAUGAUAGAAUCGAUCGAGAGGAGCUGUGUUCUGAGAAGAUAACGUGUCAACUUAAAUAUGAAUUGAUGCUUGAGAGUCCAUUAGAACUUCACAGAAUUGCACUUCAAAUUCAAGAUGUAAAUGACAACGUCCCCGUUUUCCCCAAAGAUAUAAUUAAAUUGGAAAUACGCGAAUCUGCAGAUAAAGGAUCUCGCUAUCGCGUGAAUGAGGCGCAUGAUGCAGAUGUCGGGCAAAACGCAGUCCAAACCUACACCUUACAGAGAAACGAACAUUUCAUUAUAGCUGUUUCCAACAAUGCAGACGGGGGUAAAAAUGUUGAACUAGUGUUAGACAAAGAGCUGGAUCGUGAGAAAGAGGGGGAGGUACAAUUAUUUCUCACCGCGGCAGACGGGGGGUCUCCACCCAGAUCAGGCUCUGUAGAAAUACACGUUACGGUGUUAGAUGCGAAUGACAAUGCUCCGCUUUUUAGUCAGUCCGUAUAUAGAGUCAGUCUACCAGAGAACUCUCCUUUGGACACAUUAGUUGUUAAAGUGAGCGCUACCGACGCAGAUGAAGGACCCAAUGGAGACGUGACCUAUGAAUUUAGCCGUAUAUCUAAUAAGGCAAGAAAAGCUUUUUCAUUAGACCCGACCACUGGCAAAAUUAAGGUUAUAGGACCAAUUGACUUUGAAGAAGAGACACAAUAUGAACUACGCGUCGAAGCCAAAGACGGAUUUGGGCUCUCCACAGCCAGCAAAGUCAUUAUAGAGAUAUCAGAUGUGAAUGACAAUGCCCCCGUGAUUCUUCUAAAAAGUUUAAGUAAUCCAGUCUCCGAGAGUACACCUCCUGGGACUGAGGUGGGCAUCAUAAACGUGCAGGAUAGGGACUCUGAGAAGAAUAGGCAGGUUCGCUGCUCAAUACAGCACGACGUUCCGUUUAAACUAGUGCCAUCCAUGAAAAACUAUUAUUCUCUGGUGACGACAAAUGAGCUGGACCGAGAAACUGUGUCGGCUUACAAUAUUACAAUAACUGCUGAUGACGAAGGCACUCCACCCUUGUCCUCAUUUAAAAAUGUGCAGUUAUCUGUAGCCGAUGUCAACGACAAUCCACCAAAGUUUGAGCAGCAGUCUUAUAGUGCUCACGUGAUGGAAAAUAAUAAGCCUGGUUCCUCGUUGUGUUCAGUUUCAGCGAGGGACCCCGACUGGAGGCAGAAUGGCACAGUAAUGUAUUCACUUUCAUCUAGUGAGGUCAAUGGCUUUCCGGUGUCCUCGUUAUUAUCCAUAAAUGGAGACACGGGCGUCAUUCAUGCCGUAAGGUCUUUUGAUUAUGAGCAGUUCCGAAGUUUUAAAGUUCACGUAGUAGCACGAGACAACGGCUCUCCCCCUCUAAGCAGCAACAUAACCGUCAGUAUUUUCAUAUCAGAUAAGAACGACAACUUUCCGCAGAUAUUAUAUCCAGCCCCCGAUGGAAACUCCUUUAUGACUGAGAUGGUGCCCAAAGCUGUUCAGGCAAACUCUUUAGUCUCCAAAGUGAUCGCAGUGGACGCGGAUUCUGGGCAGAACGCAUGGCUUUCGUAUCACAUUGUGAAGUCCACCGACCCUGGACUGUUCGCCAUCAGUCUUCAUAGUGGAGAGAUCAAGACGCUGAGAGAUAUUUCUGAAUCUGAUGCCAUGAAACAGACUCUUGUGGUUUCAGUGAAAGAUAACGGACAGCCUUCCCACUCUGCGACGUGCACUGUGUAUUUACUUAUUUCAGAUAACUUGGCUGAAGUUCCUGAACUGAAGGACAUGUCAUCUGACGAGAGUGGUUCCAAGCUCACCACUUAUUUAAUCAUUGCGCUUGUGUCCGUGACCACUUUUUUUAUCACGUUUAUCAUUCUUUCUCUAGCAGUGAAGUUUUGUCAUAGGAAAAAGCCCAGGAUAUUAUUUGAUGGCGGUCUGGCUAUCCCCAGCGCGUAUCUGCCUCCAAAUUACGCAGAUGUUGAUGUCACAGGAACUUUACGCAGUGCUUACAAUUAUGACGCGUAUCUGACGACAGGAUCUCGCACUAGCGACUUUAAGUUCGCCAGAUCCUACAAUGAUGGAACUCUGCCGGCAGACAUGACUUUGAAAAAGUCUGUCUCUGUUGAUCAUGACAGCCUGUUUGAUUCCAUCGAUUCGCCACAGGUAAUAUUUUGCUUUUGGUCAUCUAUAAGCUGGUGAUUCUAAAAUGUUGAUAUUCUGCACUCUGAAGUUUUUGUGGGCUUUUCUAGAAACUCAUUUCCAUUUUCACGUGCUUGUAUUAUUGUGUUCGUUAAAUGGCUUGGCUAUUUCAAUUGUAUUUAAUAUAUACUUUAUAGCAAAACAUUUUUGGAAGAAUAUGUGACCAUUACUUUUUAAAUUAGCUGCACUUACAAGGACUAAUAUAUUUUGUGAUGCGGGGUUUGA